AAACAGAUUCUAUUUCUGUUUGAAGCUGUUGUUCCAGCACUUGAACCAGUCUUCAAUAAGCUCGGCUAUGGAAUCAUUCCACGAAAAUCCGUUGCCUUCUUUGCGACGAUCACGGAUGAAAUGAUGAAACAGCGUCGAAAUGAUAAAACACACCACCAAGAGGGAACAGACUUCCUGCAAAUGAUGAUGGAUGCUUCGAUAGAAGAGGGGAAAGACAACAACAACGAUGAUGGUCAAACGGUCAAACAUUCAGUCAGGCAUCUAUCGACGGAUGAAAUAGUUGCUCAGUGCAUACUGUUUUUUGUCGCUGGUUACGAAACUACUGGGACCGCGCUUACCUUCAUAUCUUACAACCUGGCGAUGAACCCGGAUGUACAGGAGAAGGCCUACGGUGAAAUCAAAGAAAUAUUGGGAAAUGAGGAACCAAACUAUGACAACAUUGGGAAACUGAAGUAUCUGGACAACGUGAUCUCAGAGACGCUCAGACUCUACCCGCCGGGCUAUGUAUUGGACCGAUGUGUUUCUGAGACCACUCAAAUCAAAGGCCUAACUUUCUCUAAGGGUCAAACUAUCUUAAUUCCUGUGAUGGCUAUACACAGAAAUCCUCAGCUCUACGACGAUCCUGAUUCCUUCAAGCCAGAAAGGUUUGAAGAUCAAGACAAAACUAUUGCCUUCCAAAGUUUCGGAUUCGGCCCCAGGGCCUGCAUUGGGAUGCGGCUAGCUCUUGUUGAGCUUAAAGUAGCCUUGGUCAAUGUUCUGAGGGCCGUGAAGUUUGAUCGUACGCCCGACACACCGGAAGUAUUGACGUUUGCACAGAAUCCAAACUUUCUUCAAACAGACAAGGACAUCAUCCUGAAAGUGUCUCCAAGAUGUUGAAAACGGCGAAAAUGCAACGGCAGUUCCAAGAAUGUAUCUGAGAAUAUGUCUCUUAAUUGUGUACACACCAAUAAUUAUAUAUGCUUUGCCACUUUAAAUCAGUGGGCAUCGAAAAUUGAAUGUCUCCCAUCUUGAAUUGUUAUAAUUUUCUAUCAUACGAGAAACAUUGCACUUCCCUGAUGAAGUGUUUUCAGAGAGAAUGAAACACUUACAAUAUUUCCAUGCUAAAAUUGCAAUUGUGGCACAUCUGUAUUGCUUUUAAAUCUUGUUCUCCUCACAGCAAAUCCAAAGUGCUGUUAGACUCUCAGUCUGUAAGACAGUCUGAGCUGAGAAUAUGUCUCCAAAUUGUGUACAAACCAAUGAUUAUAUAUAUAUGUUUUACCACUUUAAAUCAGUGGGCAUCGAAAACUGAUUGUCUUCCACCUUGAAUUCUUAUAAUAAUCAAACGAGAAGCGUUGCACUUUUGGCACAUCUGUAUUGCUUGUAAAUGACGCUCACAAAA